CAUAAGAGUCAGUCUACAUCAUGGAUACCACCUAAAGAAAACUGGGAUCCUAGUACUGGUUUACCUUAUGGUUGGGAAACAGGAGUUGAUAAAAACAAUAAACCAUAUUUUAUCAAUCAUGUUGAAAAGUAUACUACUAGAGAUGAUCCUAGGGAUGAUAUAGACUAUAUAGAACCACCUAAACCACGACAAGUACAGUUAUUACGAGAUCCAGAAAAAGGAUUUGGAUUUGUAGCUGGUAGUGAGAAGCCUGUCGUUGUUAGAUUUGUUACAGAAGGUCAGUAG